UAGGUUGAUUUAAGUGUGGUUAGAAAAUAAAAUGAUUUUACACUUAAAGAUUCCCUCAUUCAUAUCCAACUACAGAUAUAAGUUUGACCUGCUAGUAUUGACUUGUUGCUGUUGCCUCAUGAACUUCGCCAUUUAUAACAAAAACUCCGAUAUACGUCUUCUUCGCCAAGGUGUUGGAGACGGCGCGCUGUAAUAAUAUCACACGGUGAAGAACACCCAACUAAACCUACCAACGAUUUGAAACCUUGAAGUGAAUUGAGUGAAAAUAGACUGUAGUUUAUUUGAUCACAAUGUGUUACGGUGGCUGGUUGGCUCGUAGUUUACUACAAAUCUUACUAUACGUAUUAUAUGUACACAGUGUACGCUCUACAUUACCGCCACAGAACGGCAAGACGACGUUAGAACCAACAACUACCCCAGUGAAUUAUAAUACAACCUAUUCUACAUCAGAUAUAGAAGUUAAAGAAACAAAUAUAGAUUCUAUUCUAUGUGAAUAUUACAGUAAGUGGAGCAAAUGGACUCCGUGCAGUAGAAAGUGUGAACAGGUGCGUGAACGACGAUGUCGCAGACCGGAACAGUGCGGUAACAGUUUUGUCAAGGAAAAACGGACAUGUCGACGACAGAAAGGAAGGUGUUCUGUUUUAUCUUAUAAACUGUUGGGUUUUAAACGAAAAAACCGUUUCAUUGAGCAAUUACUUUACGAUUUAUUGUAUAGUUCUUGGUCUAAGUGGAGCCCAUGUACGCGAUCGUGUAAGCAAAAGAGACAGAGAGAAUGCGCAGUACAACACAUCUGCAGAAAAAGCUCAAUACAAGAAGAAAGGCGAUGCCGUGUAACAGGAAAACUAUGUGAAAGAAGAUACAUGUUAAAACCAAUCGUUCAAGUUACAAAUAAACAUCCCCGAGAAGAAAUAGUCAACAAUGCAACACAGAUAAAUAAUACAAAAAAUGCUACAGCCAAUGAAAGUAGAAUCAGAAAGAAAGGGAAAAAUAGGAGUAGGAAAACUGGAUAGUCUUGAGGCACAAUGUGGCAUUAGACCUCCUAAUAUGUCUGGAUCUUACAGAAUAGUAGGUGGACAAGAAGCGAAAAAACUAUCAUGGCCGUGGAUGGUAGCUGUAAUGACCAGAUGGAAAGAACAAUAUUGCGGUGCAACAUUAAUUGCUCCUCAGUGGGUUUUAACGGCGGCUCACUGUGUGCGCAAGAAAGGUCGGAAGCGAAAAGUUAUACUGAAAAUCGGUGAACUCGAUCUGGGAGAAUAUGAAGAAACGGAACUAACCGUUCAUCCCGCGAAAGACUUUCCUCACCCUGACUUUGAUUAUGCCACCAUUACCAAUGACAUCGCAUUAAUCAAACUUAAACGCGCAGUAGAAAGUGAUAAGAUAAAAUUUGCCUGUUUACCAGACAAAAGGGACAAAGUUCGCAGAAAAACUUUAUGUUACACAAUCGGUUGGGGCAAAACAAAAAACACACUUAUUUAUGGAUCAGAGAAAUUACAGGAGGCACGCGUACCUAUUGUUAACAGGAGGCGAUGUCAAAGUGUAUUCAAUUAUGACAUAACAGAUACCCAAGUCUGUGCAGGGUAUAAAAGGGGUGGGGUUGAUUCCUGUGCUGGGGAUAGUGGGGGGCCUCUCAUGUGUUCUAGAGAAGAUAACAACGGUGUUAAACGGUGGUUUAUUUACGGAGUAACGAGCUAUGGCGAAGGCUGUGGUAGAAAGGGAAAGUACGGAAUUUACACCAAGGUAUCUAGCUACCUGUCGUGGAUUAGGAACACUAUAGAAAAUAACUGAGACGAUUAAAACAUAGUGAAACGAUAUUUUGGUAGUGACUGGUUUAAAACAGGAGAUAAUGAGAUGUCGGAGGUCACCUGCUCAGCUUGAAACAGACGCCUUCAAGCCAAGGCGUGUGGUGAAGUCUGUUAACUUUCUUCACCACUUAAAUUACCAAUAUGUUCCACAAUUACCAUGUCUUACAUUGACAGGUUAUACGCAUUCAGGCUGUCUGGCCUUUAAUAAUACAAUGAAAAUACUGGAUGAUGGAGUCACAUAGACUCUAUGUCUAGCAUUUUACAUAAUUACAACAGACACAUAUGAAAUCCGCUAACAAAAUACUACUUGUAUUCUUGGUGUUGUUAUAUUAAUUUACAAUCUAUGUGUGUUAUUUUAAACUGUGAUUGUUGUUCUUUUCUUUAAAAAAAACCUUAAAAAGAAUGCACAGUGAUCCAGAGGAAAUCAGAGUUGUCCCUUUGCUGUCACAGUGCUAUUAUUUCCUAUGUCCCGCGGGGAGAACUUGCUAACCGACCAUUUCAAUAGGGCUAUCACAUCGUUUACAGCGCAACCUCUAGAAAUGUAUUUUUGACUUUAUAGAUUUGAUAUUUGUUUGAAUUGGUAUUUUUUUGGGGAAAUAUACCUUGUUUACGUAUAAAUCGAAUGUUAAAAGUGUCAUUAAAGAAUAUUCUGUUUGUGGUUGAAAUGAUUGUCAUGCUGACUUGAAAAUCUAAAAAUUUAGGAUGCCACUCAGUGAGCCAUAGUCAAAAUUUCAAAAACUUUUGUGUUGCAUUUUUCAAUCAGGUGGAAGAAAGCGGGUAGGAACAUGGGCGCAUCUGUGGGGAGAACAUGUUUCAACUUUUUGGACCAGGAACUGAGCCGAAAACGCUACUCAUCUUGUUAUUGUUCUUCUACUGCUUGAAUGCGACGUUUUUCGAAUAAAGCCUAAGGCUCCGCCAAUUCAAGUACAAUCGACAUGAAACUCGACAUGCUUAUUGGAUUGAAGGACGUAUUGCAGUGACGUCAUGCUCGGCUCCUGGUCCAUAGUAUGCUCGUAUUUGUUAAAUGAUGAGUCCAGGGGAAGAACGGCCUAAUUCACAUUUCUGUCUUUUCGCAUAAAAGGCAAAACAGACUUUUGGGCGAGAAUGCUUGAAGGAACAGAACAACGAGUUGGUUUAAUUACAACUUCAAAACGAUGCUUAAUACGAAUCAUAAUUACCAGUACAACAACUAACUUCCACUUUUAAGCCAAAUUAAGGUAAAAAGGGUACGAUUGACGUAUUUGUCCGGAAGCCCAUUUCAGAAGGGCCUUGGUUCGAUGUGACUCCGAUCGUUUUUACCUGAAAUGGUUUGUUCCACAGAAAGCUUAUACAAUUUGCUUCCAGAUGACGUUAUUAACUGGGGUUCAUUGAAAAAGUGACUUAGAUCGUUCUUCUCCGGGGCUGUUCAAAUGUAAUCGUAUACUUUGUGUUUUUCUUGCAGCUUAUAUAUAUAUAUAGCUUGCACAAAUAUAAGUACAUAUUAUAUAUAUAUAUAUGUGUAUAUGUAAACAGGCGUAAAUGAUUAUUUGAUAUAAUAUUUAUUAUUUUGUUUUAAUUAUAAUUUGUGUGCUCAAUCUGUUCAAUUACUAAAUGAUAUAGGAAAAAAUAUGAACAAUUCUAUCUUAAUCGAUUGUCGAUUAUAUAUAGUUUUUAGUUUUAAAAAAAAAUUACUAAUCUGUCAAAAUAUCAAUUUAACUAAAUUCAUGAAGAGUCUGAUUAAAAUGUCCACCGGAGCCGAAUAGAAGAAAAAAAAAAAUUAGAUUGGAUAAUUAUGACAACGAACUGAAUUGACGACUUAAUAUAGUCAACUGAUGUAGAAAUGAAAUGGGGUUUAACGUCCUACUUUUCUGCAUCGACUUCACGACGCACAUACGAAAUACCACUGCUAUGAGGGAAAUUUUGCCCGGACAACGACGCUACGGUCUACUCUAACUUCGAAUUCCAACUUAUUCAAGGGUUCUUUUACGUGCACGCUAACGUGUACACUGGACCUCCUGGUUAGUGAGCCAGCGUCCAACCCACUGAGCCACCAUGUCUCCCGAAUUGACGAGUUAAUAUAUUAAUGCAAAUGACUGAGUUUUAAACUCACUUCAAACACAGGAAACUUGGAAAUUUUAAACUUGUUUUUUUUUCAAGGUUUACCAGUCCAUACAUUAUGAAGUCAUGUCUGGUAUAAUUGACAGUAUAUAGAAAUGGCUUACAUGAGGUGUUUUGUAGUCGUUGAAUGUAGAUAUUGACAUGUUAUUUCCUUCACUAACAAAAUGGAAUGUUCGAGGUUACAACCCAACGUUACAUUAUAUGUUAAACCAACAAUGAAAUUGAAGGUGGGCAUCCUGUUUACCACCAUUCUAGAUAAUGCACCUUCUGGAUAUUAAAAAUAUAUAUAUAUAAUAUAAUAUAAAAAAAACCUUAUAAAAAUGACAUUCAUUUUUCAUUUCUAUGCUAUGUAACUACACCAAAUAUGAACCGAUUUCAUAAACAUCCUGUACAAUCGAUUAAAUACCAAAAUAUAGAGGGCAUACUGUCAUAUCUCAGUUUAAUAAAAUAAAAAGUACGGGACUUCUUGAAUUGAUUUAUGUUUAUUAAAAAUAUUUUAUAUGAUUUAAUUGUAUGUCGAUCAGUGGCAUGCAGGGAAGGGGAGGGGGUGACGACAAGGGUCAACCAUUUGGGGUACCAAACUUAAUUUAUGAGGCUUAAUAUUUAAAUUAAAUUUUAAAAGCAAGUUUAUAUCAUCUGUUUUUAUAUAUUUAAUAUAUCUUCCUUUCUCACAUUUCUCAGUACUAGGCCCUAUAUACUUUAGUCGGGUGCUUUUGCAUGAGGCACAAAAAACAUGCUAUAGAGUCAAUUUGUGGCAUAUCUGAGUCAUGGUUUAUGUUUGGCACUGGUUGAGCAUUAUGAUUAUGAUUAUAUCGUUAAAAGCCGCAUUGGAACCACGUGAUUUUUUGCAAUUUAGAGGGGGCGCAGAAACUCAAAGGGGGCGCAAAACCCGAAUACCACGAUGCAAAGCGCGCCAUUGCGCCCCAAUCACCUAGCUCCUGCACGCUACUGAUUUAGUGGGUUUUUUUUUUCAGACUUUAAUUUUCGAACAGUUGGAAUAAGUUUCAACUGUAAAUAUUAUAUUAAGGCACAGCAAGGCAUAUCGUUCACAUAUAUUUUAAAGUCGAUGUACCAUUUUAAUUUACAAAAUCUGUUCUGCGUAAUUAGGCCAAUAAGAGCUUAACAGAUUUUCAUAAAGAAUGGCCUGGCUUCUACAAAAAAGAAGGUAUAAAUGUUUUAAUUGUAUGAAGAUGGCGAUGUGAUCUUGUUGAAACCAGUGCAAACUAUAAAUAGCCAUAACAAAAAUUCAUUUGGAAUUAAGGUGAAUAAAUUUUGAACCAGAUUUUUAAGUUCUUUUGAUUGUGCAUAGUUUUAAACGUUUUAGAGAUUUCAAAGAAAUAAUAUUAUUAAUUUAUAAAAAAAAAAUUCAACCAUGGCAGUCUUUUCUUAAAGUUGAAAACAUUCUAUAUUAUGGUCAUCUACAAACUUAUUGGAUCUUACAAACCCUCACAUUUCUUAAAUAAAUUGUUUGAAAAUUAUAAUUCUUAAAUUGGGAAACGAGCUUUGUUUCGUUUUUAAUAGUCCAAAAUUUCGUUUUACUUGUCAUGGUUGUUAUAUAGCCCGCGUUCUAGUUUAAGUGAGGGAUUAGCCAAUGGAAAGGUCUGUUGCGACGAUUUCUUGGCGUCAACGCUGAUUGGUUAAUCAAAUGUCUGACGUCAUAGGGCCAAAAGCAGCUGGAAUGACCCCAGACGCGACCUCCCACUACAACAGGUCAGAUCUUCAUGUAGUGGAGGCCAUCUAAAGUAUACAAAGACGAAACGAAAUAUAAAUGUAUUUUAACUAGAUUGCAUUAAGCACAGAACUUGGACAUUUAUAAAAAAUUAGUGGAAGUACUGGAGCUUAAACUGUUAGAAUUUUGAAUUUACAUACAUAUCCAACACUAACAGUUAUAAUGUUGCAGUGAGAUUGUUGUGCUGAUCAUGAACGUCUCAAUUUCGACCUAAUCACAUCGUCAUGUGUGUGUAGCAUAAAUAAAAGAGCUACUUUCUUUUUUAAAUUCUUGAGCGGUGGUUUGACAAAUGUCGGAAGAAAUAAAACUGUUUUGAUAUUAAAUAUGUUGCUUUAUAUAAAUAUUGUUAUAAAUAUUGUUAUUUUUUGUUCCUAGAAUAAAUUAUAUUGUCCAUUA